GAUUGAUAAAGCUCAAAACAUCUGGGAUAAGAUGGUUGAUAAUGGAGUUUUACCUAGUAUAACUUUGUACAACAAUAUGAUUCUUGGAAGUUGUAGAAAUGGGAAUAUGGACAGAGCUUUGGAGUUGUUCUCAGAGUUGCCAAAAAAGCAUUUGAAAGCUAAUGUUAUAACGUACAGCAUUUUGAUUGAUGGAUAUUUUAGAAAAGGUGACUCUGAUAAAGCUGAGAACAUGUUUAAUCAAAUGUCCUCUUCAGGAAUUUUCCCUACUGACUACACAUUCAAUAUCGUGAUCAGUGGUAUGUCUAAGGUUGGCAAAACAUCGGAGGCAAAAGAUUUGCUUAAACAGAUUGUGGCAAGUGGUCUCUUCCUUCCAACAUGCAUGUCUUACAAUAGCCUAAUCAAUGGAUUUUUGAAGGAAGAUGAUGUCAACUCAGCAUUGACUGUUUAUAGAGAAAUGUGUGAUAAUGGGAUUUGCCCAGAUGUUGUCACUUACACAACUUUGAUUGAUGGGUUGUGCAAAAGCAAUAACAUUGAUCUAGCUUUAAAAAUACUGACUGAGAUGAGAAAUAGAGAAAUUAAGUUAGAUGUCAUUACAUAUGCUGUUCUUAUAGAUGGCUUUUGCAAAAGGAGAGACAUGAAAAGUGCUUCCCAACUUUUUGAUGAAAUCCUUCAAGUUGGUCUCUCUCCUAACCUGUUUGUUUAUAACAGCAUGCUAAGUGGGUUUAGAAAUGUAAAUAAUAUGGAAGCAGCACUAGUCUUGCGCGAUAGGAUGAUCAGUGAAGGUGUUUCAUGUGAUCUGGAAACAUACACCACAUUGAUUGAUGGGCUUUUGAAGGAUGGAAAAAUAGUUCUGGAAUCUGAUUUGUUCACUGAGAUGCUUGGAAAGGGUAUAACUCCUGAUGACAUCACAUAUACUGUUCUUGACAGUCUUUGCAAUAGAGGUCAGGUUGAGAAUGCAUACAAGAUCUUAGAGGAGAUGUGUAAAAAGAGUAUAACUCCUAGUGUUCUGAUUUAUAAUACAUUAAUUGCUGGAUACUUCAGGAAUGGAACUUUGCAAGAGGCAUUUAGGUUGCAUGAUGAGAUGCUUGACAAAGGUCUUACACCCGAUGAUAUGACCUAUGAUAUUCUUAUAAGUGGAAAGUUGAAAGAGAAUAGUUUGGGUGUUGGUAUUUCAAUGCCACAAUGAACCAGAUAUCCUCUUGCAAUUUGUUGACGAGAUACAUUGGCUUCAAUAUCUCUGCUGUCUGCAAGGCAUAGGCCCCUUCUUAAAUGAUUGGGUGGUCCGUGGUCGCCUGAUCAGCCGACAGUAAAUGCUCUGCCUAGCGUUCUGAUAAGUGCAUGGUUCAUGGUUGCAAGAUCAAAUGUCGCUCACUCAUGGACUUAUUACUUCACAAGAAUUUAGAUUUUCUCUGAUCUCUUUACUGUUAUACAAUCUGAACUACUCAGCUUUCUUAGUAGUUGGGUGUUGGGUAAAAACCUUGGGUUCGUAGGCUAAACUACAUGUGUACCUCUUCGUUUCUGCCUCUUAAUAAAAUAUGAAACCCGAAUGACUGUGGUAUGUUUCAACGAAACGAAGUUGUUUUGCAUUUGCCUUAUUUGUAAUUUUUCACAUUAUAGUUCAAGGAUAUCGACUAGGACUAGUUGCAGGACAUCAUUUCGUUCUGAAGACAAUAUACUUCAAUAUCUCUCGUGUUAAAUUUGGAUUCCUGCAAAUAGAACGUUGCUACGCAUGGAACAAGAUCAAUUUUCUCUGAGACAACAGCUGUUGCAUUCUUUCUUUACCCAAAGGAAGUGUUUGAUGAAAAUGCAUUUUUUACCUGUAGGAUGUAUCUGCAUGACAACCACAAUUACGUAGUCGCAAAGAUCAAAUUCGUUGUCGGUGGAUUUUUGAAUGAUAGGACAACGUUCAAUUGACGUAUAUAUGCCAAGACUUAUUAAGUUAAUGCGACUAUCAAAAAUUUUAACAGUAUGGUAAAGAAUCAUCAUUCCAAAAUACAAGUCUUAUCGUACGUUAUAAUUCCAUCUACAAUAAAAGACGUUGGAUAUCGUCCAGUGAUAACCACUGCACCUUCUGGGUCACUUGAACCCAUUUUGUUUCUUAGUAAGCGUUGCAACCGCUCAUAUUUAAGAGAUAAAUGGAAACAUUUGCACAACUAUAGGCCACUGACUAUAUAUUACAGAACCAGCUUCAUAUAAAAUUUUAUCACCAAUAUAAAUUUACUCUUACUGUAUCUUGAUUCAUUUUUAAUUAAAAAAUAUUGUAAGAUGGAUAAGUAUAUACUGUAAUUGAAUGAAACAGUAAAUUGUGAAUAUAUAUUGGGGUUAGAGUGAAACUACACUUUGAAUGUAUAGGCGUUUGACGCAUGCAGAACUCUCCAUUUGUUGGAACUCACAUGUGGGUAGGGAUUUACCAUGCUAGUCGUUGCUCAGUACGCAACUUACAAGUCGCUCUGACGUACGCGACUUACAAGUCGUCAUAUAUGCGAUUUACAAGUUGCUCUGACGUACGCGACUUCUAAGUCGCUCUGACGUGUGCGACCUGCAAGUCGCUGAUCCCACGACAUUUUGUCCUUUUUUUUUUUUUUUUUUCAAAUUAAUUGUCUCCUUGGUAUUUUUAAUUAAAAAAAGAGCCCUUUUGGCUCCUAUAUAAAAUAAAUUGUGAUCGACAAUGAGUACGUAUACACAUAAUAAUAUAUGUGAGCGUAUAUAAUUGUUCUACCUAUAGAGAAAUGUUGUAAGUGAAAAUAUACACCCACUUGCUGUAGGUCAUAUGUGUUUAUUGAUGGUCCCAACCCCUGCAGCACUGGAAAUUAAACAGAUAGUCCCUAUUGUUAUUUAUUAUCUUCAUAUUGUCUCUCUUUUAAUUCAUUGUCUCUGGAGCGCUGCAUCAUAACUUGAGGUGACGCAAGGAUAAUGUAACAUAGGUGUUCGAGUGAACGUCUAUUUGUCUAUUUGAUACAUUUAGUCCAGUAGUUAAGCCGGCUACCAUACGGUUGUUGCUAUCCUUGGCAGUGUCUCAUCAGUGGCACAUCACACAACUAGAUAUAUCCAAUGCAUUUCUUCAUGGUAACUUAGAUGAGAUUGUAUAUAUGUCUCAACCUCCCAGGUUUGUUGAUCCUACUUAUCCAGAUCAUGUCUGUUUACUUAAAAGAUCUCUCUACGGCCUCAAACAAGCUCCGCGUAUGUGGAAUAAAUGUUUAGCUGAUGUGCUUCUUUCUCUAGGCUUUGUGGGAUGCAAAACUGAUAGUUCUUUGUUCUAUAUGCCAAAUGCCGUCGAACAGUUGUUCUGUUCUAAUUCUGUUCAUAUUGCAGCUCUUAUUACCCAAUUGCAAACUCACUUUGCUGUUAGAGACUUGGGAAAGAUCUUAUUUCUUUGGCAUUCAAGCCACCUGGACACAUGGAGGAUUACAUUUAUCCCAAGGUAAGUAUGUCACGGACCUCCUUAAUCGUGUGCAAAUGGGGUCGUGUGGUCCUGUACCUACACCAGCUUCACCCACAUCCAAGCUCUCCAACACUGGUGGUUGUCCAUUUCAUGAUCAAAUUCUAUAUCGGAGUACUGUGGGAGCUGUACAAUAUUUGACAUUUACUAGACCCAAUAUCGCGUAUGCAGUAUAUAAAGUAUCACAAUUUAUGCAUCGUCCUAUGGAUUCUCAUUGGGUUGCCGUCAAACGCAUUCUCUGUUAUGUCAAGGCUACUGCUUCUCAUGGACUAUUUUUUUCUCGCGGGUUCUCCACCUUACUUCAUGGUUACAGUGAUUCAGAUUGGGGAGGUGAUAUUGAUGAUCGCAAGUCUACCACUGGAUUCACUAUUUUUUUUGGUUCUCAUUUGAUUUCAUGGGCUUCUCGAGCUGUAUUCCGGUCGAGCACAAAGGCAGAAUAUCGUGCAUUAACUGCUGCUACCUCUGAGAUGACAUGGAUCGAACUUCUCCUUCGAGAGAUUGGAUGCUUUACCACCUCCCUUCCUGUUCUUUGGUGUGAUAAUCUUAGUGCCACCUACUUAACUGCUAAUCCUAUUUUUCAUUCCCGAACGAAGCAUAUGGAAAUUGAUUUCAUUUUGUCCGUGACAAGGUUCGUGCGAAGACCUUAUUGGUCAGAUAUGUGAGUUCUCAUGAUCAAGUGGCCGAUGCUCUUACCAAGCCUCUGUCCAAGGUCCGAUAUCUGGAAUUGAAGCACAAGUUGACAGUUGUUCCACUCCCUGCUCAACUUGAGGGUGUGUGUAAGGAUAAUGUAAUGUAGGUGUUCGAGUGAACGUCUAUUUGUAUAUAGUUAUUUAUUACUAGGACUUUACUUGAAUAAGUCGUGAGUUGUUUUAAGUUAGGAGUCCUUAGCAAUAAUGACUUUGGAGUCUUAUUCUCCAA